UAGCGACCAAUCAUCAAGCCAUUUACCAGGCUUCAGAGGAAGCUGUUUAUGUGAUCCCAGCACUAAUUAGGCUCAUGAACUAACAAAUCGUUUGCACAACUUGUGAAGGGGCCGAUCACAUCCAUGGAUUGUCUUUGGACUUAGGGAGGGAGGCGGGGGGGGGGGGGGGGGGGGCGACCGCCUUUUCCUUGCAGGAGGGAAACUUCUCCCAGCAACUUUUUUCCCCCCCCCUUUUUUUUUUCCCUCCCUGUGUGUGUGUGCGUGGUGCGUGUGUGUGUGUGUCUCCCUUUUGGGUACCGCUGGCUGCCGCUGCCUCCUUUUCCUCCAGCCCCUGUCUAUUUAUGUGUGUAUCUAUCCCUCCUCAAGUCACUGCCUGCUGCAAACUUCCCCGGAUCGUCUCCCGCGCACCGGAGAGAGCCAGGCAGAGAUUCGGCCGGGGACUCUCGCCGCGGCAGCAUGUUUCAGCCCACACCCAAGCGGUGUUUCACCAUCGAGUCGCUGGUGGCCAAAGACAGCCCCUUGCCCGCGUCUCGCUCCGAGGAUCCUAUCCGGCCGGCGGCGCUCAGCUAUGCCAAUUCCAGCCCGAUGAACCCUUUUCUCAACGGCUUCCACUCCACUGGCAGGGGGGUUUACUCCAACCCGGACUUGGUCUUUGCAGAGGCCGUCUCCCACCCGCCCAACCCGGCCGUGCCGGUCCACCCCGUGCCCCCUCCCCACGCCCUGGCCGCCCAUCCGCUGCCCGCUUCGCACUCCACGCACCCGCUCUUCGCCUCGCAGCAAAGGGACCCUUCUACCUUCUACCCCUGGCUAAUACACCGCUACCGGUAUCUGGGCCACAGGUUCCAAGGGAAUGAAACAAGCCCGGAGAGCUUCCUAUUGCACAACGCACUGGCCAGGAAACCCAAACGGAUCCGUACAGCUUUCUCCCCAUCCCAAUUACUGAGACUGGAACAUGCCUUUGAGAAGAACCAUUAUGUAGUAGGAGCAGAGAGAAAACAGCUGGCACACAGCCUCAGCCUCACGGAAACUCAGGUAAAAGUAUGGUUUCAGAACAGACGGACAAAGUUCAAGCGGCAAAAGUUGGAAGAGGAAGGUUCAGACUCACAACAGAAGAAAAAAGGGACUCAUCACAUUAACCGGUGGAGAAUCGCCACCAAACAAGCCAGUCCAGAGGAAAUCGACGUCACGUCGGACGAUUAAAAACUGGCACUUUUGGGACUUUUCAAAGCCAGCACCCCACCAACAGCAAGUGUUAACGGCUCACACUCCCCCCCCCUCGGCGUGGCGGUGCGGGGAAGGGACACGGAGAUCUCCAUCAAAACCGCGGUCCCCGCCGGGGCGGGCGGCCGGGAGCGAGCGGGGUGAGGCGGCGGGAGGUGCGGGCCGAGGCCCCGCUCGGCACGGCGGGACCUGUCAAUCCACCACCGGGACGAGGCGAUUGACAGGUAUUCCGUUUCUCGCAAUCCACUUUUGAAAGUAUAAACGUAAAAAAAAAAAGAUAUUGACAAAAAAAAAAACCCCACCUUACAAA